AUGAUUAAAAAACGUUUUUCCGAAGAACUGGCGGAGUUAGAAAAAUUAGCGCGGAUAAGAAAAUUAUAUUUAUCUGAUUAUACACUACUAAAACGAAACCCUAAUCUAUCUCAUAUAGUUCAUGCAGCAUUACAUUUAUCACAAUGUAUGGUAAUAACGUCUACAGAAAUAUUUUCUCACUUAUAUCAUGAAAUCCAUAGACGAUUAAAACUAAAGAAUCCUUAUUUACCCAGCCUUGAUGGUGAUCGUGAUACGUUACUAAUUAUCAAUAUACCACUUAAUUUAGUUAUGAGCUUGGGUUUAUGUUUUAUGUGGCUGUGUGCUAAAAAAUUCUCAAAAAAAAAUGAAAUCUCUUUCUGUGGCUGUUUUAUUGGUAGCAUUUUGACAUUAGUAACUGCGAUCAUGGUAAUGAGACAAUCCCAAGUUCAAAUUAGUAAUGCAGGAAUUCACAUCUCGGAUGUCAUUGAUCAUCCAAUAUUUAUUCACGACUUCGUUACUUGUGUCUUAUGUAUUUUCUCUAUGGCCUUAUAUCAAUUACAAUUUUGGAUUCUCUUUGAUUAUUUACAUUGGAGAUAUAAACGAAACAAAUUAGCUCAUGAUGAUUUAGAAAUGGACAGACGAGUCAAUGAGCCAAGUUCUACAUCAAGAGAUACAUCAACUUCAAGUAGCACAUCAGUCACACUAAGAAACGAAGAUCCUAUGGAUAUUAAAAACAAUCGCAUUAAUUUAUACUGCUGUUGUGUUGAUUAUUGGAAGUAUUUAACAAGGCCGAGGCGAAAAAAUCGAGUCAACUACGAGUUUCAAGUUACUUACAUAAUGUAA